AUGAAAGGGAAGAUUGCUUUAGAAGAACAUUUUGCAAUUCAAGAGACACUUGGUGAUUCAGAACGAUUCUUUGUACCAGAUGUUUGGAGAACUAAGCGGAGUCAAUUACUAGAUAUAACCGGAGAACGUUUACGCCGCAUGGAUGAAACGGGUAUUGAAUACUCAAUUAUUUCUUUAAAUGCACCAGCGAUUCAAGCAAUUGCAGAUCCAAAAAAAGCUGUUGAAGUUGCAAAAAUUGCAAACGAUACCUUAGCUGAAUUAAUCGCUAAACAUCCUGAUCGUUUUGGGGCUUUUGCUGCAUUACCAUUACAAGACCCAGAAGCAGCGACAAAAGAACUCAAUCGAUGUGUAACAGAACUUGGUUUUGCUGGUGCUUUAGUAAAUGGUUUCUCAAAUUUAAAUAACGAUGAAACAGCAAAAUAUUAUGAUGCUGAGGAAUAUUUAGAUUUUUGGGCUGAGGUUGCUAAACUCGAUGUACCAUUUUAUUUACACCCACGUAAUCCACUUUUAAGUCAGCAAUUGGGUAUCAAAGAUCAUCCUUGGUUAAUGGGGCCUGCAUGGUCAUUCUCAGUUGAAACAGGUGUACAUGCACUACGUUUAAUCGGUUCAGGACACCUAGGCGAGUUAAUUCAAAAUAAUAUUUGGCGUACAUCGCAUUGGGCUUCAGCAAAUGGUCGUAAUCCACUCGGUGUAAAAGCAGAAAAGCCAUUUAUUGAUUAUUUCCGUAAGAAUUUUUAUUUAACAACAAGCGGUAACUUCCGAACUAUUGCCAUGAAAAAUGCAAUUGAUGAAAUUGGAUCUGAUCGUGUUUUAUUCUCAAGUGAUUAUCCAUUUGAAGACAUGGAAGAAGCGACACAUUGGUUUGAUCAUGCCGAAAUUGGUGAGAAUGAUCGAGAAAAAAUAGGCCGUCAUAAUGCACACAAAUUAUUCAAGUUAAGCAUUUAA